GCAGUGAGGAGAGGCACUUACAGCAGCCUGUGCUCCUCUCUUCUCAGGCUGAGGCUGACAGAAAAAAACACCCUGUUUUAUUUAAAGAGAUCGCCUUUAGGAACUGGGUAACACUGACUCAAAUUCCACUGCCAGGGAUUGCACAUUCCAGAAACUACCAUUUGACAUACGAGAAGGGUAACUAUGGCCAGGAUUAUGAAGGAGGACCUAAAUGUCAUGAUGCAGGAGGAGGCUGCAGACAUCUUCCUCGAAGGAGUGUCCUCUCCUGGCCCAGAGGUCAUGGCAGCGGUGCCUCACUCCCCUGGGGGCCCCAAUGGCAUCAUUCGGAGCCAGUCCUUCGCUGGCUUCAGCACCCUUCAGGAGAAACGCUCACGGUGUAACUCCUUCAUAGGGAACACGCUGGUGCUGAAGAAGCCCCCGUCCAAGCCAAAGAAGUCACACCAGUCAGGACACAAGGCCAGCAGCAGCUCCCGGGAGCCGCACCCCAAGAGAGUGGAGGAGGUGUAUAGGGCCCUGAAACAGGGCUUGGUUGAGUACCUGGAGGUGCACCAGGUGGAGCUGGACAAACUCACAACCCUGAUGAAAGAUAUGACACAGAACUCCAGACUGGGGGUGCUGUAUGACCUUGACAAGCAAAUCAAGACAAUAGAGCGAUACAUACGUCGGCUGGAGUUCCACAUGAGUAAGGUUGAUGAGCUGUAUGAGGCUUUCUGCAUUCAGAGGUGCCUACGGGAUGGAGCCAGCAGGAUGAAGCAGGCUUUCUCCACAUCGCCAUCCUCCAAAAGCUCACGAGAGAGUCUGGCUGAGGUCAACCGUCGCUAUAAGGAGUACAGCGAAAAUAUGAGCAGCUUUGAAGAUGAAAUGGAGAACCUGUUGGGAGAGUUUCACAUUAAGAUGUGUGGUCUAGCUGGCUUUGCUCGACUCUGUUCGGGAGAUCAAUAUGAAGUCUUCAUGCGUUAUGGCCGCCAGCGCUGGAAGCUGAAGGGUCGCAUUGAAGUGAACUCCCGGCAGAGCUGGGACGGAGAAGAGAUGGUGUUCAUGCCCCACAUCACAGAGCUCAUCUCCAUCAAGGUGUCAGAGUUGAAAGGCUUGGCCAACCAUGUACUGGUGGGCAGUGUCAUCUGCGAAACCAAGGACCUGUUUACAGCCAUGCCUCAGCUUGUUGCUGUGGAUGUCAAUGACCUUGGCACCAUCAAACUCAACCUGGAGGUCGCUUGGUUUCCAUUUGAUGUGGAGGACCUGACUCUAUCCUUGGGGAACCUAUCUAAGGCCGUCGCCCUGCAGAGACGAGUGUCUGUGUACAGCCAGGGAACGCCUGAGACACCCAUCUUCCAGGACUCCUCGUACUUUUGGGACCCGCGGCUGAAGGAAGGCCAGCACUUGUCUUUUUUCAGUGCCUUGCGCGACACCUUCUUAGCCAAGUUGAGACACAGCCGCUCGUAUGGGGACCUCCCCUCCCUGCAGCUGUGCCCCAGGUCCAGCGUGGAGGUCUAUUCGACCCUGGCGGACGAUGUCUUUGAGAACGGUGGGUGCGGUGUGACCGAGUGCAAGCGGCUGUCCUUCACCUUUUCCGACACGCCCGGGACCAGCCCCCUCCCUCUUCCCAGCUGGUCCAACCCUGCCAUUAUGGUCACGCCCCCUGAGAACGACUGGCAGUCUUUGCAGUCGGAGAGCACAGGAGAUGGGGGGCGGCAGAAAGAGGACGAUGGAGAGGAGGAUGAGGAUGACGAUGAUGAGGGGAGCAUUAGCAUUAGCCUGGCCAGCGAGGCUGGGUCCGAGUGGGAGGAGCAGAUUGAAAGUCUGGACAAUAGGUCGGCAUCCCUGGGCUCGGACCGGAUGUCCGCCUCGGACAUCUUCCUGGACCGCUCUGUGUCCGAGGCACUCCUGCAGGACGACGAUUCGGAGCUGAAGCCCUUGGAGCUGGAUGCUGAGGAGGGCAACCUGACCAAGCAGCUGGUGAGGAGGCUGACCUCCGCGGACGUGCUGCCAGACCCCGUGCGGCCAGAGGGGGCCCUGGGCUGGGGGAGCAGUCUUGAGGAGGCCUUCCAUGGCCUGCUGCUGACCCUGGAGGGCCUGCAGGAGAAGAGCAGGGAGGUGCAGGAGCUGGAGCAGGAGGUUCUGCAUCUGGAGGAUGUGCUGAAGAGCAGAGCUCCCACACACAGGAGCAGGUCUUCAAGCCUCAGUCUGACAGUGGAGAGCGCUCUCGAGAGCUUCGACUUCCUAAAUACCUCAGACUUUGAUGACAAUGACACAGGUGAUGAUGAGCUCCCUCAUUCAGCGUUCUUCGACAUGGAGACAGAGAGGGUUGGGGCGAGUCAGCACCCUGAGGCCAGGGGCCAUCUGAGUGAGGCUCUGACAGAGGACACAGGGGUGGGGAAUAGCAUGGCCGGCACCCCCCUGCCCCUCACCUCCGGCAGCGAGAGUCUGGACCUGGCCAUCACCAGGCACCUGCAGUACUGCUGCCACCUUGUCCAGCUCCUGUCCAGCAGAGGGAGCCCCUCCAUUACCAGACCCCAGCUCCUGAAACUCACCUCUCAGACCCGGCUGCUGGAGGAGCUGGGAGAUAUAUUUGCCAACCGGCAGGGAUCCAUUGACACGCCUGCAGAUGUGCUCCCUGGACUGGCAGAGAGACCAGCAGUGCUGUCUUUCUGGCUGGAGCUCAGUGGUCCAGGCAGCCCAUUCCACAGCUCUCUGGACAGAGUACUGAAGUUCCUGCACCACAGCUUUACUGCAGCCCUGCAGGAGAGACACCCAGACACUGCGCACACAGUAAUGCGGCUGGUGAUCACUGAAAUGAUGGACAGGAGUGAGCUGGUCUCCUCCCCCUGCCUGUCACCACCUGCCCCAAACCAGGACAUCCUCACUGUGUUCCAGUUCCACAGCUACGCCUGCACUCACAGCAUACACAGCAUGGAGGAGCACUUUCGGCACGUGGCUGAGGAAGCUGAAUUUGUGGCUUCUCUGCGCUCUGGCGACCUCGAGUGGACACUCAGGGAACUGCAGGAGGUUCAGGCCUCAAGUUUGUGGCCCCAGGAGGAGACGCUGAGGGCCCUGGCUGCGCUCCUAGUGACCGAUACUCCACGGCUCAGGAAGGCUGCAACCGCCUUCCUCAUUUCAGCCUCUACUCACUUGCCCUUCAGGUCGAAGGCGGUAGAUUGCUACAUUCAGGCUCUGUCAGAGGCAGGAGUCCAGACUCAGAGAGCAGCCUGUGUCGCUCUCAGCUGCAUACAGGCCAGUGAGAGCACUGAGGCAGUUGUGGCCUUGUGCAACUCAGCCGAUGAGGAACUUCGCCAUGUUGCCAUAGAAACCCUACUUACCUUUGGUGAGAAAGGGCAGCUGGCAUAUGAGCAGCUGGAUACGGCUCCCAGGGAGAUGGUGCGUCUGGGCACACGGAGAGGAAAUGGGGUCACCACGGCCCUCUGAGGGCCCCCAGCGCAGCCUGUAGACUGAAGGAACCCGCGGAGGGGACUCCAGUUGGGCGUAGCCCUGAUACUGCUUUCAUUCAGAGACUGAAGCAACUCACAGAUGUUCAUUCUGAACCAUUAAGCCAUUUCUGUGUGUGCAGACUUUGUUAUCAGAACUAUUAUUCUAAUAUUUACAAUUUGUCAUUUGUGUUCUUACUAUUAAUUGAUAAUGUUAAUAUUAUUAGUUUUUAUUGGUGAUAGUCACAAUUUCAUUUGCACUUUGAAACUGCACCGUAAUAAGCAGAUUGGGACAGAAUAUUGUACAUUGUAAAAUGUGGCAUAUCAUGCUUUAUUUCUUUUUCUAUAUUUGUCUCACAUUUGACUUUCAUUUCGAGAAUUUUUUAUCUAGAACAAUUAUUCUUUCUAACCACAGGGUCCGUACAGUCCCACAGCCUCAUAAAUGGUUCAGAUGUUGGGAAGCUUGUCUGAUUGAUUCAUGUUCAUUUCUAACAACCAGUAAUGGGAGAAGGACAUGUUCCCCAUAAGAGGGCGAUGGCAGUAUACCAGUCAUGUGAGAGCGACGUCAUCCCCUUCAUAAGAAGGGUGUGACAGUAUAGUGUAAUGGUUAGGAAGCUGAGCACUGCUGUCCUACCCUUGAGCAAGGUUCUAAACCUGAAUUGCUUUAGUCAAUAUCCAGCUAUAUUGAUGGAUUGUAUGUUACAUUAAAGAAUGUAAGCUGUGUAAGUCUUAGAUAGUCAGAUAGUCUUAUCUAGCCACUCUGGAUGUACUUAAUGCCUAAAAUGUAAGAUUUCAUGUGGGUUAAUAAUAUGCUGUCAAUCACAGAUUUACUCUUUACUAACACUGUGAUUGCUUAAAAUAAAAUAAGUAAUUGAUUAUGAAAAUGAGUAAUCACACUACAUGGAUCUGUUAUUUCUCCUGAAUAUAUUUUUGACCACAACAGAAAAUAUAAUUAUAGAAUCUUUCUUAAAAUGAAAUUGUUUAUGUGAGGCACACAACAGUAAUACCACAUUGUUGGGACACAAAUUAAUCAUGCCUCAAUUAAUUCAAAAAAAGGAUAUAUUCGUUUUCAGCCCACUCUUCAAGCUCAGGGACCUCCCAUUUUAGUCUUGUAUAAGUUUUAGAAUGGGCAUUUCUGUCUAUACCAGGAUAUUUAUUUUAUGAGAGAGCUGCCAUCAUCUACUGAGACAGUGUCUAUUCUGAACACCUUGAGGCAGUGGUCUGAACAUGGUGAUUUGAUGAGGAAAGUGCACUUUUGCUCAAGACAAUGGUAAAUUGUGUCCUGUGGAUUGCUUAGAUCAUUGUUGUCCACUCCUGGACCCAGAGGUACACAGUCCUGAGAAUUUAAAAUAUUUUAUUGCAUUAAUUACUUGCUUUCAAGCAUCAUUAUUGAGGGUUGCUUACAUAGUUCAGUCUUGUACGUACUGCCUUUGUGCUACCAAAUCAAGUGGAGUAAUGAAUUGGUUUUGUCAAUAUAUUCAACUAGAGUUGUGUUCUUCACAAAAUAGAUCAUUUUUACUUCAUGUAUCCUUUAACUUUUUUUGUUUGACUGUAUAUUUACUUUACAUUUCUUUAUGACAUACAGUAUGUAAUAUGUAAUAUAUCAAAAACAAAAGGUGUAGCUGUUCUCUUAAUAAUGUACUAUACAAGUGGUUAGUAACUAGUCGCUACUUUUUUGGACCCUGAGAUAUUGGUGUAUAUUGCGUGUGAAAUUCAGAAACUACCGGAAUCCUCUGUGGUCUUCUAUAUUAAGGCUAAGAUGGUAAGAAAUAAGGAUGAUACAUAUAGUUGAGAACUUGCUUGUUUAGGUUACCUGCUGAUGGAAUUUUGAUUUGUAUUAUCUUACAUAUUUUUAUUACAAGGAGCAUUUGGUAAUUUGGUAAAGGACUUAUGGUUUGCACUUAUUAAUUCCAACCAAGUAUUUUGCCACAAAAUGAUUCUGACUGACAAAAUAUGUACUCCUCCCAGAAACAUCAAGGCAUAUUUCCAUAUAUAACAGAGCACAAGUAGCCAAAAUUGAUAUUAAUAUUAACCACAAACCUGACCCUCAAACAAACUAAAUGAUGAUUGACUGCAUUAUUUCAACAGUUUUUUUUUGUUGUUGUUCACAUUUCGCACAGAAAUAACUUUUCUUACUUAAGAAACAAACAUUGUUUUCCUUCUGUCAUUAAUUGUAUGUUAUGAUGAUAUGAGAAACCCAUUAAUUAUCUUUAUCUGCUCUGUACACAAAUAUGUUACUUCUUCUUAAAUGAAUUAUCUGUACAGAAUUAAGUGACCUACACUGUAAGAUCCAUUGAGGCUUGGGUCCCCCUUAUUCUGGUUUUGUUUGGUUUCCACUCUGUUUAUGAGGUUAUCAUUUUCUGCUUGUGGCAAUAAAGUUUAUUUUUGCAUAAUUAUAUACACAA